AUGCCCUUUGUACGAAAGCAUCGCGGCUCGACGGCGUCGUAUCCCGACAUUAUUCAAACCCCAGUUCUCCGUAAACUGAUCGUCUGGGUGGCAAAUGUACCAGUAUGCGUGCCGAAGCAGCGUGGCGCAUCCAAGAAUCAAAAACUGGCAACUAGUCACACUACACACAUUGACACAAUAGUCUGUGAUUGGAGGCCGCGUCUUACGCUUUUCGGAGAAACAUUUCUCGUAACGAAUGUGUGCUAA